AAGGGGUUUGUUCGUAAUCGAUCUAAUCCAGAAGGAUCAAUAGCGGAGGGAUUUUUGGCCGAAGAGUGUUUAACCUUUUGUUCGAGAUACCUACAUGAUGGGGUGAAGACAAAAUUUAGUAGGUAUCAGACCGAGGAUGAUGAGGGCAUUCAAACAAAGGAAGAUGACUUUUCACAUAUAUUUCCUAAGACAGGCCAUCCAAUUGGAAGUAAGAAGACAAGGAAAGGCAAGACUUUUGACAUGGAUAGUCAUGAGUGGUUUGAAGCACAUCGGUAUGCUUUGUUCAAUACUGGAGAUGAACAAGUAGAGACAUUUAUCAAGGAACAUAAGAAUAUAAUUGAUAAACAUGCUAGAGGAAAUGCAUGGGUAAAAGCACAGAUUCAUAGUCGAGAAUUCAGUGAUUGGUUUAAAGAGAAAGUUAAAAAGGUUAAAGUGCCCAAUCAUUUAAUAUGGCUAUCUUAUGGGCCUAAUGAAGUGGCAAAAAGAUAUAGUGGAUAUUUCAUUAAUGGAUACCAAUUUCAUAAGAUGCAACGGGAUGCUCGAUGCAAGACUCAAAAUAAUGGAGUGACUUUGUCAGCAACAACAGAUAGUUUUGCUAGUGCUAGGGACCAAAAUCCCGUUGAUGGAAUGGUUACCUAUUAUGGAGUUAUUCAGGAUAUCAUUGAGAUUGAUUAUUGGGGUUGUUUUAGUGUUGUACUAUUUAGAUGUGAUUGGUUUCAUAACGAGAUCGAUGGAUAUGGGUUGACUCGGGUAUACUUCAAGAAAAAAUGCAGCACGGAUGACCCUUUUGUACUAGCAUCUCAAGUGCAUCAAAUUUUUUAUGUGGAGGAUCCAAUUGAGAAAGAGGUUUAUUAUGCAAGAAAUAAAGUCCCUGUUGAUUUGUAUGAUUUGGCGGAAGAGAAUUGUCCUAAUAUUGAAGAAACAUUUUAGGGGGAGCUUAAUGAUGACAUUGGCUCAUCAGAGAGAUUACCCGAUGUUGAUGUCAGAUGGUCGAGAGAAGAUCUCCUUGUUGACAUCAUUGACGUGCCUUCCCUUGCACAUCAUUCACAAGAUGUAACUAUAGAAACAUCGGAAGAGGAGGAUGACUUUGAUGAUACUAAUUGGGAUUGGAUGGAGCCUGAUGAUUGACAAAGGAUCUACUGAACUUAUUCAAUUAUAUACUCUUCAUCAUUUUUUGUAUAUCCAUAUUUCUGCAAUAUCUCUGAGGACUCUUUAACUUCAUAGCAGACCAACAAAAUUUCAGG